AAUUUGAUUAUUUUUCUUUUUGUUCUUAGUAAGUAAUUGUGUAAUUUAUAUGGACAUUAUUACUUUGUUGUUAAUUAGUUUACUUUUUACUUCUUAUCAUUGUUAAUUAGUUGUUAGAUUAAUUAGUUUUACUUUUUGUCUUGUUAAUUAGACAUUAGUUGUUUAUUUUAUAUGGUAUUAUUAAUUUAUUAUUAAUUUGAUGAUUUUACUUUUUGUUCUUAUUAAUUAAUUGUUUAAUUUAUAUAGGCAUUGUUAAUUUAUGAUUUUACUUUUUGUUCUUAUUAAUUAAUUGUUUAAUUUAUAUGGGCAUUGUUAAUUUGUUGUUAAUUAGUUUACUAUUUUACUUUUUACUUAUUAUUCUUGUUAAUUACUUAUUUAAUUUAUAUUGGAUAUUGUUAAUUUGUUGUUAAUUAAUUUAUUUUUUUAUUCUUGUUAAUUUUUUUGCUAGAUUAUAAAUGGGUGAUAAGAAUAAUACAUCUGGAUCUUCUGCUAGUAGUAGAAGAACGGACCCAGGAUGGGCACAUGUAAUUCAAGUUAGUGAAAACAAUACCAAUGAUCUUCAAUGCAUGUACUGUAUGAAAGUUUACAAAGGAGGAAUUAAUAGAAUCAAGCAACAUCUUGCUGGAGGUUACAAAAAUGUAAUUCGGUGUCCAAAAUGUCCAGAAGAUGUAAGGAAUCAAAUGCAGGAAUUCAUUGCUAAAAAAAGAGAGCAAAAAUCAAUUAUGAAUAUGGAAAGACCACCUGAAUUUGAUGAUGUUGAAGCACUGGGAUUAGAUGAAAAUGAGGAAGAGGAAGAGUUGAUGCAAGAAAUUGGCAGUGAAAGAAGAAGGCAAGUACUGGAAGUUACAGGUACUAGUGCUUUUAAAAAACCAAAAGUUUUACCACCACAAAGUAGUAGAGGGCCUAUUGACUGUUAUUUUUCCCCUAGACCUGCUGUUUUGGGAAAAAAUAUGAGGCAAACUACCAUUGAUGAAAAUAGUCCAGCUAAAAAGGAGUUAAGGGAGCGUGCUUGUGUUGCCAUAGCACGAUGGAUGUAUGAUGUUGGAAUAGCUUUUAAUGCUGUGAAUUAUGAUAGCUUUGGGGAAAUGAUUCGAGCAAUUGGAAAUUAUGGGAAAGAAAUGAAACCUCCAAGUUUUCAUGAGGUUAGAGUUCGGUUACUUAACAAAGAAGUGCAAAUCAUAAAUGAUCUUCUCGAGUCUCAUAAAGAAGAAUGGGAAAAUUAUGGAUGUACAUUGAUGUGUGAUGGAUGGACGGAUAGAAAAGGGAGAACCUUGAUUAAUUUCUUGGUUAAUAGUCCAAAGGGAAGUGUAUUUAUUAAAUCAGUUGAUGCAAGUGAUGAAUCAAAGACAGCGGCAUUGUUAGCUAGUUUGAUUGAGAAAGAAUUGAUGGAAAUUGGUCCUGAAAAAGUAGUUCAAGUUGUUACAGAUAAUGCAUCAAAUAAUGUUGCAGCAGGGAGAAUAUUGGAAGCAAAUUUUUCUCAUCUAUAUUGGACUCCAUGUGCAGCUCAUUGUAUAGAUUUGAUGUUGGAGGAUAUCUUUAAGAUCCGUGUUUUCAAAGAAACAUUCCGCAAAGCUGUUGAGCUUACUGGUUUCACAUAUGGCUCUUCAGGAGUUCUAAAUAUGUUGCGGAAGUUUACUAAUGGAGUAGAAUUGCUAAGGCCAGGGCAAACUAGAUUUGCUACUGCUUUUAUUACACUGGGAAGGAUUCAUCUUCAGAAAGCCAACAUUAGAAAAAUGUUUACUUCGGAAAGUUGGACAACUAGUAAAUGGGCUAAAGAGGUGAAAGGCAAAAAGUGUGAAAGGACGGUUUUGAGUCCUGCCUUCUGGAAUCAUGUUGUUUAUGCUCUUAAGGUUUCCGGUCCUCUUGUUCGUGUGCUUCGACUUGUUGAUAAUGAAAAAAAACCAGCUAUGGGAUAUAUUUAUGAAGCCAUGGAUAGGGCUAAAGAAGCCAUUGCCAACUCACUCAAUGGCAAUGAAGAGAAAUACAAGAGCAUUUUUGAGAUUAUUGAUGCGAGAUGGUCACUUCAAUUGCAUCGUCCUUUGCAUGCUGCUGGAUACUUUUUGAAUCCUGAAUUUUUUUAUCCAAAUAAGAUGAGAAUUGAAUCUGAUGAAGAGGUCAAUACAGGAUUGCUUUCAUGCAUUCAUAAAAUGGAAAAAAAUUCAGCAAAAGUUGAUAUGAUUCUUGAUGAAAUUGAGAAAUACAAGGCAGCUGCAGGGACCUUUGGUUUUCCUUCAGCUAUUAGAGGAAGAACAACCAAAUCUCCAGCUGCUUGGUGGAAAACAUAUGGUUCUUCAACUCCAAACCUACAAAAGUUUGCUGUAAAGGUUCUGAGUCUCACAUGUAGUGCAAGUGGUUGCGAAAGAAAUUGGAGUGUAUUUGAGCAUCUUCAUAGUAAGAAAAGAAAUCGGCUAUUUCAAGAACGCUUGGACAAUUUGGUAUAUGUGAAGUACAAUAGAGCGUUGCUACGCCGACACACUUUUGGGGAUAUCACAACACCUAUUGAUUUGGCAAAUAUUGAUGAGAGUAAUGAAUGGUUGCUUGGUGAAUUAGAAAAAGGUGAUGGGGAUGAUGAUGAUGAUGAUUCUCUUGUUUUCAUGAAUGACAUAUUGACCUGGGGUGAUGUUGGUAGAGCAGCUGGAGUUUCUGAAUCUCGUUAUGAAUCGAGAACGGCUGCAAGAUCAACACCACCAAUUGAAACUCCAUCAUUUCGAAGGCCUCGUGCAAUGACAGGUGCAUCCUCUUCGCAAGUUGAUGAUGAUGAAGAGGAGGAAGAAUUUGUGAUGGACGUUGUUGAAAAUGAAGAUGAUUUUGGAAAUCUUGAUGAUGAGUAGUUUUAGUUAUAAGUUUUUUAUGUACUUAUUGCAUUCUGUUUAUUAUGACUUACAACUUAUUUUUAUGUAUUAAUGUCUGAACUUCUAUAAUUUAUAUUUUCUAUUAUGUGACUUA